AUGGAGAGCGACAGCGCAUUCGUUGCUCCUGAAGGCGUCUACUCCGUCACUGAAGAACACAAACCUCUCCCUGUCCCUACUCACUCUUCUACAGCGGCACAUCCCAUCUACCAAACUCGUCUUUCAUCCAUCACAGUCCGGUUUCCACCAAAGCAUCCAACUUCCCCAGGGCUCGCUCAGUUUCUUGGCGCAAAUCUCACAAAGGAUCUUAAGAAGGAAAAGGACAAGGAGAGGGAGAAGGAGGCGGUGGUAAAGGAGCGCCCGUUGCUGGAGGAGCGGAGCAUGUCAUCCAGCGAUACCCCAGAAGACAGCUUCACAUCUCCAGAUGUAGCCACCCCAGACCUCAACACCUCAACACCAGCCGAACCCCAGCACAAGCUCUUCUCCCACCCUACCAUCUCAGGUGGUAAAAAGAAAUCAAAUGUAUCACGACCGAAACACAACAUGCGCACCACAUCUUCAACAUUCAUUACCCGUCUCCAAAGCGUUGAAGGUCUCAACAAGACCCUCGCAGCCAAGCAGGGUGAGAUCACGUUCUUGUUCUAUAACACUGGCAAGGCCUUCUUGUGGAUCGAGGUGGGGGCUAAAGCCAAGGAACCGCUAACGAGGAUUAGCUUCUCUGCAUACCCGACCUGUCACGACGUAAACCCCUCCACCGCAUCCUCAGAACGACUAGACGUCAUCAUAGGAUUCAACACGGGAGACCUCAUAUGGUUCGAUCCAAUAUCAAGCCGCUACUGCCGCCUUAACAAACAGGGCACUAUUUCCUCCUCCAUAUGCACAGCCGUCCGUUGGGUCCCCUCUUCACCAACCCUCUUUCUCGUCUCCCAUGCAGACGGAACCAUAAUCGUCUACGACAAAGAACGUGAAGACGGCUUGUUCACGGCUAGUGUUCCAAACGGACUGACUGCCCCGCACAUAAACGUCAGCGCGAACGCACAUCCUGUAUCUCCCGUAAGUGAUGGAUGGGAUCCCCUAUCAACGAUGUUUGUCACACCUCCCCCGUGGCAUCCAGAAGCGGCAGGGCGGGGAGAGAAGGGCGUAGCAGCGAAGAACCCUGUAAGCCAUUGGCGCCUGUGUCGGCGUGGUGUCGUCGACUUUGUGUUCUCUCCUGAUGUCAAAUAUGUAGCAGCCAUUUCAGAGGAUGGGUGUUUGAGGGUAAUUGAUCCACUUGCAGAGCAGCUGGUUGAUUGCUAUGCAUCCUAUUUCGGUUCUCUGACCAGUGUUGCGUGGUCUCCUGAUGGGCGCUUCAUUCUCACUGGCGGCCAAGAUGACCUCCUCACCAUUUUCUCCCCUUGGGAACAACGUGUCGUCGCACGGUGUCAAGGACACUCCUCCUUCGUCUCAGCCGUCGCUUUCGACGAGCUCCGCUGCGAUGGACGGACAUACCGCUUCGGCAGCGUAGGAGAAGAUAACAAGCUCAUUCUCUGGGACUUUUCCUCUGGCGCUCUUCAUCGCCCCAAACACCUCGGAGCACACCACCCACGCAUAUCAAUGUCGUCUAGCAUUUCCCUCGCUUACCGCCGUGGUACGGGGUCGACGAUCCAACUCUCUGCGACGCGGUAUCAUCCUGCGCCUUCGAGGAAUGAAGUGUCGACUGUUCAACCUGUAUUGGUAAAACAACUCGAUGCCGACCUCCUCACCUCCCUCGCCUUUCUCCCCCGUGCGCUCAUAACAGCGUCGAAAGCGGGCCACGUUCGUCUAUGGGUGCGGCCAUUCGUCAUGACUAAUGCUAGCCCUACUAGGAGAAGGCAUACGCGCGGGAUGUUGUCUGUGACAGAUUUUCAGGGGGUAGUUGCUUGAAUAGGAUUCGUAGUGGUGGUCAGAACUCGAGGUGGUUGGAUGUCGUUGGGAAGUGGUGAUGAGCGACAAGGAUCUAACUUAUUUGUGGAUUAUGUAUAUCUGUCAAAGUAGAUCUCGGAUGUGCACGUACCAAGAUUUAACGAUACCACCUACAAUUCUAUCGUUUUGCUCUGCCCUGCCCUGCCCUGACUCGAUGUGCAUAAUGUAUCAGAUAUCGCUCGACCUCUCCUCCAAGUCAUCCGUCAUAUCAUUCGCAUCCUCCGCUUCACUCGCAGUCCCCGUCUCACCCUCCUCAUCCA